AUGACCGCAUACUGCACCUGCUACGAUUAUGGCUAUUCACUCCAAGAGCCCACCUUCCCUGGUCAAAACCCAUCCCGCACUCCACCCUCCCGAGCUAGAACUUUUACCGUUGUCGGAACUUCACCUCCGUCUGUGUCUGCACCAGAGUCCGUGACAUCAAUGUCGACACUUAGAUCAGUUUCGGAACCUACAUCGGCGUUGGCACCUACUUCAGAGUCGUCGAUUAUAUCAGUUUCGAAACCUACAUCGGCGUCAGCACCUACAUCAGCGUCGUCGAUUAUAUUAGCGUCCACACUUAUAUCAGAAUCGACACUCACAUUAGCAUCGUCAACUACAUUAGCGUCCCCACCUAUAUCAGAGUCGCCACCAACUUCAAAUACUGUGCCGGGACCAGGCACAGGAAGAGGCGGAGCCCCUUCGAUUUCUGGUGCUAUAGAAUCAGGAAUCUAG